ACUCAAACAACAAUGGCGACCGAAGAUGAUCCAGACAGUGAACGUGCUUCAAAUGUCCUGGGCUUUUGGCGAUGAAUGAAGGCAGCGAAAGUGUUGCCUCGUGGAGCAAUGCCUCAGUUUUACCUCUCUUUCUCGUGAUUACAACGGAACGCGAGACAAGCUCAGUCGCUCAGUACCAUGCAUGCAGCCGAGGGGACGUGGACUCUUCCAAGUCAGGGAGAGUUUUCCCUGCUCGAUCUAGAUGCAGAUAACAUUAAAACUGUGGAAGAGACUACAAAGCGGAUUCAGGAAAACCUUCACUCUUCUCGUGAUUCAGGGUUGUUAAAUACCAUGAUGGAAUAUUACUUAAAAACGCGUUCCCCUACAUGUUUGCAGAUUUUGAGCGGCAUCCACGAAGCGCGAGCUCAGGCAUUAUUUGAGAAAAUGAACGAAUGCCUGAAACAUGCGCCGUCCCGUUUGGACACCCUAUCGCUACUAGGUCAUAUUGUGCGAAGGCAGCCUUCCUGGUUGUACAAGAUUAUAGACACAUCCUUGUUUGAAAGUCUCUUGAAGUGCAUGAAGGGAGAUGAAGAUGUGUUGGUUUUAACAAGUGGUGUUUUAACCAUUACAACUUUGUUACCAUUGGUACCAGCCUCUAUUGGUCAUUGUUUACAGGAUUUAUUUGAGAUAUUCUCCAGACUGUCCUAUUUUAGAGUUCGUCAUUCAGGUAAUGCCCCAGAAGUGCACCUCCUCCACCUUCACGUCGCAGUAUACAUGUUUUUUCAUCGUCUGUAUGCCAUGUAUCCUAACAAUUUUCUGGCAUAUCUGAGAGUAACCUACAGUAAGCCUUCCAAACAGAAACUUUUCCAGAAGGCAAUUAAGCCAAUGAUGGAGCAUGUGAAACUUCACCCAUGUAUUAUUACAGAAACUGUGCACACCGAGACGGAAAAACACAGGUGGCGACAAAAAGAGCCUCACGAUAUUGUGAUAGAAUGCAUGAAGCUGUCACUGGACCCAGUAGACAGAAUGCAAGAGAAGGGAAGUUUAAUGUCGUCAUGGACUUUCAAGCAUAGUCACCAAGACCUUUUUGCGGACAAAUCCAUCAGCUCUGUAUUGACAACAUCAGGUGAUAGCCAAGGACCUGAACCAAGCAGAUUAAAAGAACGUCGUAUGUCAGACUCUGCAACACAGACUGGCAAAUCUCUACAAAGUGGUGACAGUGGCACUGGGUCUGAAAGUUUGCCAAUUAUUGCUACCGACAGGAUUGAGUUAAAUGCAAUUCCUGGCUGGAGUCCUUCUGAUGUUUGUGGGUUAAACACCCCACCAUCAUCUCAGAUGUCGCCUUCAACAAGCUAUCCCGAUCUAGUAGCAUCCAUACCUAUCCAGUCUCACUGCAGUACCCCAGGAAUAGUUUACACCCCGGGGCAAUCCCCGACAACAUCUCUUGGGGACGACUUACAAGGAUAUUCAAGCUCACCUUCAGUGACUGCUGGCAGUAGAGGAAAGUUUGUGACUUCAGGGGGGAUGAACAAUGGAAAGGGGAAUUCAGUUAAAGGUGGGAAGGCUGCUAGUCAAGAGGGGCCAUUAACCAGAACUUUAAUAUCAUUGUUAGCUGAGCAAAGUUAUGAUUCAGCCCCUGCAGCCAUUGGGGAACAACAGACAUCAAUGCCAGGGAAUUCAACAAAAUGUGAGAAAGACAACUUUGAUGCAGCUCUAUCUGAUAGACAAAAUUUAUUGACUUCUCCAAAUGCUGAUGAAGUACAUGAAGAGGUGUUUAAUGUGGAUCCCUUGACUUUAAGUACAGAACAAUUUCAAUUAUCAAUUAUUUCUCCUAAGGAGGAAUUUAGAGACUCUAAUGACCAAAAGGAUUGUGAUCCAGAUGCAAGAAAACUUGACACGGUUGAGUCAUGGAAGGAUGCUAUGUGUAAUGAUGUUAUGGAAGAUGCAUUAACCCCUGUAUGUGGUCGAUCUUUAGAUGCAGAAACAUUAUCAAACACACCCAUUAACGAAACCAAUGAAUCCACAAAUGUUUGUUCUUGUAUAGAAGUUCAGGACACAGAGAGUAGUGAUAUAUCAUAUGCUCAUGCUGUCCCUAAUGUUUCAUCAAUGAGUGAAGAAGCAAGCAAGUCUUUAGUGACUGUACCUGAUUUACAUGUACACCAAGAGCAAACAAAGUUGGGAGAAGUGGACGAAAAUGAAACAAGCCUGAAGUGGGAUGAAUGCUCCUUAAAUGUUUCCAAACCACACGCUCUAAUUCAAGCUGGGCUGCAGGACCACCUUCCAUUGCAAGCAUGGGACUUGAUUGCAGCUUUUCCACAGCUGUUGCCAUUGUUUAGAAAUGAACAGGAGCAGACUGUUAACAGUACUAUGGCUGACAGAGAGGACUUGGGAACACAACCACAGAUGCAUUGUAUAACGCCAGUUGAGAUUCUUGACAAUUACCUGAAAACAGGCAAGGGCAUACACAAUGGUGAACUCACAAGGAUUCCUCUUGUCAAUCAAGCUGGUACAGUUUGGACCCAUUUUGGAGGUGAUCCUCCAGUAGAUGAAGUAGAGAUUUUGAGAGGACAAGUUAAGUUGCUUCAUAAUCAGCUAUUGUUUGAGCGACACAAGUGUGAUCUUCAUGCUAUCCGUAACAGGAGACUUGUAGGCAAGACACUCAAGGCUGUACAGUAUCAGGAAGAACUUCAGGCCACGAAAGAUCAGCUGAGACUACAGGAGGAUAAAAUGAGGGAACUUACUGAUGCACUCAAUAAUAAAGUGGAAGAGAACAGGAAAUUUAAAGGAAUCACUUCUGCAUGGGAUCAACAACAACGGAUGCAGCUGAGUGAUUUGUCGAAAGAGAAUACUCAGUUGAAAAACAUGCAAAGGGAACUCCUUGAGAAGCUUGAAGUGCAGCAGAAAGAUUUUGAUACAAAGCAAACUGAGGUUAACCAGGCAAGAGCUAGAAUAUUCACAUUGGAAAAAGAGUUAGAUCAUCUGAAAACAUGCUUAGCAGAAAAAGACAGGCUAUCAGAUCAGAUGGAUCACCUUGUCAAGGAACACCUGAUCAUGGGAGAAUUAAAUCAACAACAGAAAGAUACAAUUAAGAAACUUAGUCUGCUUGAGGGACAGAAUCCGGAAAGCAGCAUGCAGUUACAUAGUUGUCACAGGGAACUAGGAGCUGCCAAACAGACAGUGAAAAGGCAGAAAGCUGAACUUGAAGCUCUGAAUGCAAAACUUGCAGAUAUAGAAUCACUUACUAAUAGCAAGGAUAUCGAAAUCAGAGAAUUAAAGAAAUUCUCUGAACUGUUGAAAGGAACUUACAAUGGAAAAAUAGAGAGUUUGGAAGAAAAAUACAAUGCCCAAAAGAAGGUGAUUCAAGCCCUAGAAUCUCAUAUUUUACAUGUGCAGUCAGUGGAAAGUGGAAAAAAGGAGGAAAUGGAGCGCAACCCCUAACUAUUCAACUUAUUUAAGUAAUUAAAGUGUUAGACCCUAACUUACUUAAAUUAAUAUUUAUUUUUUUACCAGUAGGAUAUUCAAAACAGGUCUCUUACUGCAGCUUGUUCUCUAAGCUGACUGGUUAGAACGUUUACUGCUGUAGUUAUCUCUGGAUUUCCAGCACAGAGAAACUUUCAUGUGUGUGUUAACUUAAUUUGCCUUACUUACUGUGUAAGAGAGUCUACAACUGAGACUGCUUGAUUUAAGAAUCAUAUUCACUAUUCUUAUAGUAUUAGUACAUAUACUGUAACUGGCCUAAGUACCAGGCCCUCUUUCACUGCACAUCCUACUAAAUUGAAGAGUUUGUUUGCUUUGAAAUUUUCCCCUUCUAUUUGCAACCAGAGAAAAAGUAAAUAUCUUGCUAGCCUUGUUUUCUUGGUCGGUACUGUAAGUUACAAUGUAAACCUCAAACUUGGUUAGUUAGUAAGAGGAAUGUAUUCUUCUCUUCCCCAAUGAUAGACCACUAUUUUACAUUUAUGUAGAUUAUGUCAUGUUCUUAAUGCUUUUAAUUCUGAUCCAAUUUUGUGAUCAUCCUGUAAGACAUUGUAUGUUAACUUCAUAGGUUUGUUUUAUAGAUCAAUAUUUACAACAGGGAGGAGUUUGUGAAAAAAAAAAAGUAGCACUCCACCUCUGCAGCUUCCACACUUCAAAAGUUUUGGCAAGUACAUGAAAAAUUGAGGGUCUUCUUGGGGUUUUUGUAACAGCACAAUUCUGAACUCUGUAUAGUCCACACUUAUAUUUGUGAAACAUAUACUUAUUUGUCAUGUUCUUUCUUGCCAGUUUGAGGAUAGUUUCAGAAUGUCUUGCUUGUAGUUAGUUGCUUUUGCUGGCAUUCAUGUUACUUAGUGUAGGAGUGAAACAGAGCUUGAUAAUUUUAUGUGUGGCACCCAGCAAAUUACCCCUGCUUAACUUUUGAUGAAGUGUUCUUUUAUCAUCAUUACUUUCUUAUAUGUACAGGAAGAGCUUAUUUUUGAGUCGUUAAAUCUCAUCAUUCAGAGAAGUAAGGUUUACUUUUAAGGAUAACAGGUCAUCAGUCAUGCUCCAGGAAACAUCAGUCUACUUUCCAUGUACAUAAUGGUGUACUUUAAGAUUGUCAAUUUUUUGCUCUGCAAUAUUUGAACAAUGUUCUUGCAAAGCUUUUACAAUGUGCAUGGGUAUUGUUCCUGGAAAUUAGCUUCAAUGGACAGUGUGGAAAGAGGUGGAAAUAGAUAUUAUACUGUAUUUGAAACUAUUUAGGACUCUGAUACUUAUUGUUUCAAAGAACAGAUAAAAAAAAAAAAGAGCAUUGACUUGAAAAGUAGAAACUCAAAAUACUGUGCUGCUGCAUGGAAACCUACUAAGUUAUUUAGAAUAUGAUUUUUAUAUAAUUAAUAAUGACGCAAAAUUUUGUAUUAUCAGGAAAAAGCUGUAAUACCAUAGAAUUUGCCCUUCUUUGCAAAGAAGUGCUAAAAAAAAUCCGAAAAUUUUAUCUUUAUAUUUUUCUGCUUGGACAGCUUGAGGACAGUUUAUUAUUAUUAUCAUUAUUAUUAUUAUUAUUAUUAUCAUUAUUAUUACUAUUAUUAUUAUUCAAUUGUAAACAAGAACCAAGUCUUGUACUGUUACUAACUUUAUUUAACUUUUUCUUGGUCAUCAUUUAAGAUUUUACCAGAUAAGUUUUGAAAUUUUUUUUUUGAGUAGCAAUGAUAACCCAGAGGAACUGAGGUGAGGGAUUUCUAGAUGGUAAAUCACAGGUCAUCACUUGAUUGUUGGUGAUGGGCAGGGAAUUGUAGGUUUGUUAGGAAUAUUUAUUUCACCAUAAACAAGAUGAUGUCAUUUGCUUAAAAUUUGCCCCAGGCCUGUAUUACACUACAUUUUAUUGGGCAUUUACUACUAGUGAGUAGUGCUUGGGGAAUGUUUCUUCUUAAGCCUUGCCAAGAAGCAGGGCUGUCCUGAAAUUGGCUCACCUUCUGUGGGUAUGGUCAAUGGCUUCAGUUAAUGUAGAAUGGGUGGAGGAUAGGACCAAAAAUGUUAUUCCAUAUAGUUGUGAUUAUUUUCAGUGGAUUACUUCAAAUAAAAUUAUUUUACUUUCA